CGGCCGUGGCGCCUAUUUCCAACUCUGUCGCCGAGGACCGCGGACGGGAUGUUGCGGACAGCACUGAACCGCGUGCCUACACUACUGCGUAGUGUGCGGACCCGGAAUCCCGGGCCGGGACGACUUUGGGAUGCGGGGACUCGCCUGACGUCCGUGGAGAGACGACGGGGCUGGCCCUGGGGCUGGAGGAGUUCGAGCUCCGCGCCAGAACCCGAGCCUGUGGCCGCGCUGGGGCGCGUCGAGCCGAGCCACUACCAGCUCCACUACACCUGCAAGGUCUGUGGGACUCGGUCAUCCCAGCGCAUCUCAAAGUCGGCCUAUCACAAAACUGUAGUCAUCGUUAAGUGCCCUGGUUGCCAGAACAACCACGUCAUCGCCGACAACCUAGGCUGGUUCUCUGACUUGCAGGGGAAGAGGAACAUUGAGGAAAUCCUAGCAGCCCGAGGAGAGGAGGUUCGCCGUGUGCCUGAAGGAUGCCCUGGUACUGAUCCGGAGGCUGCUGAACCACCUGCCACCCUCCCUGGCAAGACUGAACAGAGCUGACUGUGGGGGCCAGCCUUAAUAAGCUAAAUACAGACAAGUCACUCAAAGGAAGCUCUUUGCCAGAGUAGAACUUGGCCAUUGAUAAUUUAAUAAGAGGCCGGAGUCUCAGUAGUUUACCCUGAGGCAAUGCCUGGCUGCAGGAGGAACCACAAGCUGAGAUUACCGUAGGGCAAUGCUAGCUCUUAGACUCCUUCAUGUUCCCAUUUCACCUUGGGACCUGUUCCUUGCCUUGGCGGGAGACAAGCAUUAACAGCUAGAUAUACUCUUGUUCUGUGCUUACCCGCGAAAUGACUAAUUUGGUUUAUUUAUUAGCUUUACAGAGUAUGGAGUUCUAGUCUUGUACUUAUUAUAGAUUGUUAAAAAACCAAGUUAGUCAUCUUUAAAGUGCUGAUGUGGUAGGUUACAGGAAUGAGCCUCAUUUAGUUCCCUGUGUAUGUUUUCAAGGUCAAACUUAAAGCAGGUAAUAAAAAGCAGGAUUUGUCUAAUCAACGUGCUUAGGCAGCCCUCAUACUUCAGAGAUAUGCAGAAUAUGGCAUUUAAAAUAAUGAUUAAAAAACUUAUUACAGGGGCUGGAGAGAUGGCUUAGCUGUUAAGAGCAUUGCCUGCUCUUCCAAAGGUCCUGAGUUCAAUUCCCAGCAAUCAUAUGAUGGCUCACAACCAUCUGUAAUGAGGUCUGGUGCCCUCUUCUGGCCUUCAGGCAUACACGCAGAAAGAAUAUUGUAUACAUAAUAAAUAAAUUUUAAAAAGAGAGAGAUGGCUCUUCCAGAGGGUCUAAGUUCAAUUCCCAGCAACCACAUGGUUUACAACCAUCUAUAGUGGGAUCUGAUGCCCUCUUCUGGCAUAAAGGAGUACUUGCAAUAGAGUACUCAUACAUAAAAUAAAUAGAUAUUUAAAGAGAGAGAAAGGGGGGGCAGUGGCGGCACACGUCUUUAGUCAAAUAAAAAAACAAACAAAUAAAAAAACUUACUAUAUUAGACAGAGACUUUGAGAUCCUAACAGUAAUCCAAGGUCUCCAAAGAAGAUUAUGAAUGAUAUGCCUGAGGUCUCCACCUGGAUUACGAUGAUGCUGACCACUGGGCAAGAUGACCCCCAGUGUAGCACCAGCUUCCAGGGGCAAGCAGACCCAAGAUUGGAUCCUGUCUAGCUGCUUGUGAAGGGGGAAAUGUGGGGGCCAGUCAUAAUAAGCUAAAUAUGGACAGGUCACCCAAAGAAAGCUCUUUGCCAGAGUAGAAUUUGGCCAUUGAUAAAUUUAAUUAAUAAGAGGCCAGAGUUUCAGUAUUUACCCUGAGGCAAUGCCUGGCUGUAGGAGGAACCACAAGCUGAGAUUACCCGACCCCCAUCCAAAGGAAAUGCCUGGCAUUCUAACCAUUGUAGAUAGGUCCACCUGCCAGCACGCAUUCACCAGGACACCCUAGACAGAUGUCAGUCAAUCAGAGGUCCUGAACCUCAGAAACCCCUCACCCGCACCUUUACUAUAAAAACCCAAUCCUAGGGCUGGAGAGAUGGCUCAGAGGUUAAGAGCACUGACUGCUCUUUCAGAGGUCCUGAGUUCAAUUCCCAGCACCCACAUGGUGGCUCACAACCAUCUAUGAGAUCUGGUGCCCUCUUCUGGCCUGCAGGUGUACAUGCAGGCAGUGGAAGACACCCCCCCCCAGCCAACACGACCCCCCAGGAACUCACAAGAGACCACACGAGGUUUAUUUGGCAGGACAGGGACCAGUGCACUGGGGCCAAAACUCAUUUCCCAUGCAGGGGUAGAGUUCAACCCUGAGUAGCUGGGAGAGGGGGUAUUUAAAGGGAACAAACCACAACCCAGUAAUCCAAAGGGGGUAGGGAGGGUGUCAUUGGAAAAUACCAAUGAUAAUCACAAGGGGGCAGCUCCCUGUUUCUCAAGAUUAUAAUCUAAUUUAAUCUUCAGCUAGUUCCUGGAACAGAGUCACUAGAUUUUUGAUUCUUCUCUCCCUGCUUAGAUUUUUUGGCUCUAUUUUUUUCUGCUAGAGGGGUCUGGACUUAUCUGGGUCUUUCAGCAGAACAUUGUAUACAUUAAAAAAAAAAAAAACCAAUUCUAA